ACCAACUAACAUCAUCCAAAAUCUCUCUAUUUCUCACAUUUCUAACAAGAAUAUAUAUAUCAAGGAGCUUUUCGGCUCCAUAAAGAUGGUGGCCUCGAGCUUGAGCAAUUUUCACCAUGCUUACAAUUGUCUCAUUUUCAUUUUCCUAUCUACAUUCUUUCUCCCAUCAGAAGCAGCUGUGAAGAACUAUCAAUUUGACAUACAAGUGACGAAUGUAAGCAGGCUAUGUCAUGCAAAGCCUAUAGUAACCGUGAAUGGAAUGUAUCCUGGACCAACUAUUUAUGCUAGAGAAGGGGAUAGAGUUGUGAUUAACGUUACUAAUCAUGCAAAAUAUAACAUGUCUAUCCAUUGGCAUGGGCUGAAACAAUAUCGAAAUGGUUGGGCAGAUGGACCAGCAUACGUAACACAAUGUCCAAUUCAGACGGGGACUAGCUAUGUCUAUGACUUCAACGUUACAGGACAAAGAGGAACCCUAUGGUGGCAUGCACAUAUUUCAUGGCUAAGGGCGACAGUUUAUGGUGCCAUUGUCAUCAUGCCAAAAGAAGGGACUUCAUACCCCUUUCCUCAACCUCACUUAGAAGAAAACCUUAUUUUAGGGGAAUGGUGGAACACUGAUGUUGAGACGCUUGUUAAACAAGGCAAUCAACUUGGUUUGCCGCCGAACAUGUCGGAUGCUCACACUAUCAAUGGAAAACCAGGACCCUUGUUCCCUUGCUUGGAGAAACACACUUAUGCAAUGGAGGUUGAACAAGGAAAGACAUACCUCCUUCGGAUCAUCAAUGCUGCACUCAACGACGAGCUAUUCUUUGGCAUAGCAGGCCACUCCAUGACCGUGGUAGAAAUAGACGCGGUCUAUGUUAAACCAUUCGCAACUAGUUCCAUCCUCAUAGCUCCAGGCCAAACCACUAACGUGUUGGUCCGAGCAGAUCAACCCCCUAGCCGUUACUUUAUGGCCACUAGAACCUUCAUGGACGUACCCAUCCCCGUAGACAACAAGACAGCCACCGCGAUUUUCCAAUACAAAGGCGUCCCUAACACCAUCAUCCCUUCUUUACCUCAACUUCCCGCACCAAAUGACACUUCAUACGCGCUAUCCUACAACAGGAAGCUUAGAAGCCUAAACACUCCUCAAUUUCCUGCCAAGGUACCUUUGAAAGUUGACCGAAAAUUGUUCUUCACUAUUGGAUUAGGGGCGAACCCAUGCCCUACCUGCGUGAACGGGACUCGUUUUACGGCCUCAUUGAACAACAUCACCUUUGUCAUGCCAAAAACCGCGCUGUUACAAGCACAUUACUUCAACAUGUCUGGGGUGUUUAAGACUGACUUCCCGGACAAGCCUCCUAAACCUUUUAACUACACCGGGGCUCCAUUGACAGCUAACCUUAGGACGGUACAAUCAACAAUGCCGCGGCUUAGCAAGAUUGCUUUCAACUCCACGGUUGAGCUGGUUUUGCAGGACACCAAUUUGCUUUCCGUAGAGUCUCAUCCUUUCCAUCUACAUGGCUACAACUUUUUCGUGGUCGGUACUGGGGUUGGUAACUUUGAUCCCAUUAAGGACCCGGCUAAAUUUAACUUGGUUGAUCCUCCUGAGAGGAAUACCGUAGGAGUUCCCACCGGAGGUUGGACCGCUAUCAGAUUCAGAGCCGAUAACCCAGGAGUAUGGUUUAUGCAUUGUCAUUUGGAGCUUCAUACGGGUUGGGGAUUAAAGAUCGCGUUCGUGGUUGAAGAUGGACCCGGGCCCGAGUAUUCUGUGUUGCCUCCACCUAAGGAUCUUCCACAAUGCUAAUAACUCUCAAGUAUAAAACCAUGAAAAUUGCCUUCUUUUUAAUUGUUCCCUGGUCGUAACUUGUAAGAGUUGCAGCAGGGGUGGUUGAGAUUUGAGCUUUGAGGAAAAAUUAUUGCAUUGUUUGAUGAGCAUCGUUAACGAAAAUUGUAAUUUGUAGCAUACUCUCAAGUAGUCAAGUGUAAUACAGAUUUUCAGCAAAACGUUUGGAUAUGAUGAUUGUUGGUUUAUCCUAUAGUUGUUCACUUGUCUUAUUCCACAACAUUUACCAACUCAAUGUGAAAAUAAUAUACAUUGUUGUCUCA